AUGGCGAAUUCUGAGUAUUCUAACCCCCUUUUGACGAAUCAAAAUCAAGAACAACAAACGAAGGAUGAAAAGGGAUCCAACACCACGGCCAAACACGGUGCAGCUCCUCCGCCUGCGGAGGCGAUGAAGCAAUCGACACCGGCGGUGCCAAUGGGCUGGACUGCUGAUGGGGUGCCUAUGAGCUUGUUAGGUACACCCAUGGCGCAAAGGGGCCAGUGGGAUUCCGGCCUCUUCUCUUGCCUUGGAAGGAAUGAUGAAUUCUGCAGCAGCGAUCUUGAAGUUUGUUUGCUAGGAAGCGUGGCUCCAUGUGUGCUCCAUGGAAGCAACGCUGAGAGACUUGGAUCAGCUCCCGGUACUUUUACCAAUCACUGCUUGCCUUACACCGGUCUUUACUUGAUUGGAAAUUCCUUUUUUGGCUGGAACUGCCUGGCGCCUUGGUUUUCAUAUCCCGCCCGCACAGCCAUACGACGGAAGUUUAACUUAGAGGGAAGCUGCGAGGCUCUGGUCAGAUUCUGUGGAUGCUGCGGAAGCCUUGUGGAAGAUGAAAUACAACGUGAGCAGUGCGAAUCAGCCUGUGAUUUUGCAACUCAUGUCUUCUGCCAUGCAUGCGCUCUUUGUCAAGAAGGUCGUGAGGUUCGUCGUAGGCUUCCUCAUCCUGGGUUCAAUGCCCAACCAAUAUUGGUUACAAUUCCACCAGGCCUACAGACCAUGGGUCGUGGGGCCUAA